AUGGACUCUCGACUUUUGGCGCCCAAACUCUCGCACAAGUCUCGAACUCAAAGGAUCCCGUGGAGUGGUUUGGCGGCCGCAGGCGCUGCUGGAAGUCGCAGCGAUGCUCGUCCUCUCGCGCAGGGCCGCCUGUUCGCCUCUCCGUCGCAGGAUUCGGUCGCGGCGUCCGGAGCCAGAACGAAUAGCGUGUGGAGGUCCUCUCGACCGUGCGUUUUGAUUCGCUUCGGAGUCCUGAGUCCUCGCGACCUGAAAUCUCGUCGCCGGAAGCAUCAGUGGAAGCAGUCCCAGGGUGAAGGAUGGGAUGAGGGAGAAAUGAGCAAGAUUUGAAUGCCAAUGAUUUGUGACGUGAGGGUGAGGAUGAGGGAAUUAAAUGAGGAAUGCUAAUCUCCAAGCACUUGAUUGAAGGCAAGAGGAGGACCAAGAGCGCAAGAGAGGGGAGGGAGACCGUCUCUUGACGAGAUCGUUGCUUUCUAUUUCCAGAAUAAUUGUCCACAGCACACCAACGAUUCUUCUUCCCGUCUCCGGGCAUCAUAUGUACACUCGCUCGCUUGGUCGAAUAAAAAACUUUAUCGAGCAUCAAGUUUAUCCGGAUAACGACUCCACUCCCUCUCUCUCUAGUCCUUCCAAUUGUGCUUCAGUGGAAGGGAGAGUUGGAACGUCCUGUCCGCCAGAUUGAAGAGGACCUAACUCUACGAAAUCUGGAAAUUGCCAUCUGAGACUUCACGUUAGUCGAUGCAAAGUAUUCUCCUCGCCAGAAAAGAAGCAUCCUGAAAAGAAGCAUCUCAAGAGUCCCGGAAAUAGUAUAGCAUGAUUCAUGACUUCCUGGCUCGGACUAUAAGCAUCCUUCCCUUGGCUCGGACUUGUCAAUAAUAGUAACGAACUAAAUCGAAGAUGAAAAGAAACCCCAUAACGAAGAGGACGAGCUUGUUAAGGUCAUUCUGAACAUCCUGAACUCGUAUGAUUUUUUUAAAAAUUUUUAAAUACUAAAAUUUUUAUCGUUUCGGAGGCCUCCAAUCUUGCAGGAAUGACAACGGACACCGAGGAGAUGAUUGAGUGUGUCUCGUCAGUGUAGAAAAUGUGCUUAUAAUCUGCCCUCCCUCAUGUUC